AUGUUAGAAAAAAAGUUUGCUGACAUUGACAAAAAAUUUGAGAAUGUUUUAAAUAAGAACAAGAGGAAGUUGGAAAAUGCUCAGAUAAAACCCAUACAUGACAAGUUCUUAUUUGCUCAGAAUGGUAUAACAGGUCUAAUUGCACCACCUGGGUCGGGUAAGACUUUCACUUAUCUUAAAAUGGCUGCACAACAACAAGAACUAGAUGAGAAGAACCCAUUCUAUGAGUUAGUUGUUAUUUGUAGUACUUCUGGUCAAUUUGACCAAACCGUCAAUUCGUUCAAAGAUAUUAUAAAGAAGUCUAAGUUAGUAUGUAUAAAGGAUACUGAGUUGUUAGAUUGGAUAAAGAAGUACCAAAGAAGAGUUUUGAAGUAUAAUGCUAUAAAUGAGUAUAUAAAUUCUAAGUUUAAAGACCCAAAUGAGGAAAUGCAGAGAAUAUUAGAGAAGAAACACUUCAGAAACAAACAGAAAGAGAUAGAAUACAUUUCGAAGAAAUUGCAAUCUUACGAUUGGAAGACAUACCCUCAUAGAUGUCUUCUUAUCUUAGAUGACUUUGCUUCUCAUCC